GGGGUGUUUAUUCACACUGUACUAAAGGCUUUGUCUAAACCUUAGCACAAACUGGCAACUUUCUCCUCUGAGGCUCAUCUGUCGCAUUAACUUUCAAACAGUUAUAACAUUUCUGUUGCCCUUUGCUUUACAUGUCACAUUUUUAGAAUAAGGACUGUUGUUAUUGGAAACUGUUCAGCGAACAGCUGAAGAAAAUGUUGGAGGUGUUUAUUUUCUUCUGUUUGUGCUCAUGGAGUCUGGCUGGUGUGUUUGGUGAUGAAGUGAAGUCAGUGUCAGUGACGGAGGGAGAUUCUGUCACUCUAAAUCCUGAUCUUACUGAAAUACAGAGAAUGGAUUUGAUUAUGUGGAAAUUUGGACCUAAAGACAUUAUCAUCGCUCAAAUCAACAAAAAGAAGAGCACGGUUUAUAAUGAUAGUGCUGAAGGGAGAUUCAGAGACAGACUGAAGCUGGAUCAGACUGGAUCUCUGUUCAUCACAAACACCACAAUCACAGACUCUGAACUUUAUAAAGUAUAUAUAAAAACAGACACGCCGUUCAACACAUUCAAUCUUACUGUCUAUGCUAAUCUGUCUGUUCCUGUCAUCAGCAGAGACUCUUCACAAUGUUCAUCUUCAUAUUGUUCACUGCUUUGUUCAGUGGUGAAUGUGAGUGCUGUGACUCUCUCCUGGUACAAAGGAAACAGUUUAUUGUCCAGCAUCAGUGUUUCUGAUCUCAGCAUCAGUCUCUCUCUUCCUCUGGAGGUGGAAUAUCAGGAGAAAAACAGCUACAGCUGUGUGAUCAACAAUCACAUCAGAAACCAGACCACACAUCUGGACAUCACUCAACUCUGUCACAUGUGUACCGAACUGGGCUUAACCUUAUUUUACAAAGUGUUGAUCUCUGCUGCUGGUGGAUUUCUGUUGGUUGUAGCUGCAUUUGGGAUGUUCUGGAUCUGCAGAAAACAAAGAAAAAACGACCACAAAGUUCAGACCUGUGAUGUGGAGAUCACUUACGCUGAUCCAACGUUCUACAAAAGAAAAGCACAUAAAUCAAGGGUUAAAGAGGACGAUGAGGUGGUGUACGCUGGAGUCACAGUGAGAUCAAACUCUUGAUUAAAAAAAUUGCCGUUAAAUAACAGUAAUUUUCUGGCAGCAGGGGCGCCAGUAAAGUACUGUUAAUUUACAGCUCUUAACCAUUAAUUUACCACUCUUAUUUUUUAACAGUAUUUUACCGUAAAUUCUACCAUGGAAAUUAACUCCACUCCCACUGCUUCAAACAGUUCGAGUUUUUAAACUAGCAUUCCCACGAUGUUAGUACUAUGAACUUAUUUCAUUUGAGUCCACUGAGAAGGAAUAUUUCUUACACUUAAUGUGCAGUAAUAAAGUAACUAAAUACAUGACUUUUACUCAAAUCACUGCAGCUCAUUGUCAGCUGUAUUACACAUGUAUGUGCUGAAGUACUUAACACAGAGAUCACCACUGUAUCAGCGACUCCACAUUUACUGUUUAUAUAAAGCAGCAGAAAAUCAGAAUUUGUGGCUCAUCAUUGACUGAAGCACCGGCUCUACUCUCCAGCACAAUGGUGAACAACAAAACUACAUUAAACUAAACGAUCUCUCUUGUGCAAACACACAUUAAUACAGUCAAGUUCAGUAUUUACUCUCAUUAUCAGUGUAUGACUUUGCCUAAUUUUUUUUCUAUGGAUGUUCACAAAUAUUUUAGUUAAAUUAACUUUUUUUUCAUUUGGUAAAUCUGACGUUUACAUUUUACAGUAUAUUACUGUUUUUCCUUGACUUGACGGCAAAAAACUGUAGAAAAACACUUUUUUUUGCUGGCAGCCAUUAAUUUACGGCAAGAAACAGUAGAAAAACAGUUAUUUACUGGCAGCAGGGGUGCCAGUAAAUAACUGUUUUUCUACAGUUUGUUUCCUGUAAAUUAAUUACAGUUUAUUACUGUUAAAUUAUGUUUCAUUCUGUUUUUUCUUCAUCUUAAAUCUUUAACCCUUUAAACCCCACAAGAAAAUCCUCAGUUUUAAGUGAACACUUAUAAUGUGUGCACACUACAGAGUGUUAGAGUAACACUGAAUCAGUGAAGUUAAUAAGAUAAUUAUGUGAUUAAUUGAUGAUUGAGCAUUAGUGAUAAACACCUGCAGAAUCACUGAAGGAAAGAGAAACACAAGAACUACAAAUGACUUCAGCCACAGCCUUAGAUGAAAUCAACUGAAUAAAAGAAUACAUCAAAUCUCUCAAGAUCUGAUUAAACAACUACUAAAACAGCUUCACCAGAUUCACAUUACUAACCAGACUGACUUUAUUUCUGUCAGAUGUCUACAGAAGAACUUAUGGAGAGUUAAAUAGGUUUAGGUGUUUUUUCACUACCAUGAUGGAGAUCAGUGUUUACUUUAGUUGGGCUCUUGAACGUGACUUUUCAACAACUAAGGUUUUUUUUUUUUUUUCAUGCUGUAACAAUGCGCCUUUGGAACCUGUUAUAGCAAAACAAAAGUACACAGAAGAAAAAAAAUCUGAUAUUGUUGUUUAUAGAUUGACAAGAACAAAUACUAUUAUUUCUGAUCUAAUAAUUGAUACUACAGCAUGAGAAGGAACACUGCUGAGCCAUAAGUUAUGAAAGCCUGUUAAGAAAAUGUCACUCAUAAUAAAAAAAAAAAAAAAACCUUUGCUGAAAUUUAGACAGAAAUAUCAAGAAUCAGCGUAUGAAUCACAACAAUGGUGACAAUCCACAAAAUAAAUGAACAGAUCAGUUCUGAACAUCACAACACAUGCUACUAAAACUUAAAACAAAUGCAAAAUUAUAAGCACAUAAGAAUUCAAGAAAAUAAGUGAACAAUUCAGGGGCAUAAUUUAU